UCUCGAAUAUAUAUUUAAUAUAUACUAAUAAUAGAUGCCAUGAUUAUGUCUAUAAUGUUUUAAAGUAGACUAUUGCUACUGCCUACUCCAUUCCAUUAAUUAUACAUACAUGACAUUUUUAAUCAUUUUGGAAUGUGUCAAUUUAUACCGGCAUGCCCAAAAAAUCUGUAUUAAUUAUUUGUUAUAGGGGAUUGUUUUGAAUAGUCAGAACAACUUUUAUUUUAAUAGAAUGCUCAGAGCGCUAGAUGGUCCAAUCUGAUUUGUAUACCAGUGGGGUGUCUAUGAAAAGGUUGUUCCAUGCUGCCUUUAGGGUGCACUGUUGAAAACCUGCAUACUCUUGAAUUUAUGCUUAAUCAAUACAUGUAAAUCUAAGUUCGAUUCCAGGCUGAAUAAAUUUGAAUAUUUGUUUUGCCUUAUUUAAGAUAUUAUUCAUAUCACUUUGUGUGCUUUAUCCACUGAUAUUUUUCCUGGCAACACUUCAUGUCUGAUACCGGUGUAGGCCUAGUCUACCAAUUUGAUAUAUGUACAAAAAUUGCUUUUACUGUUUCAGUUAUUAAGGUGCAUAUAAAUGGCAACCAGUUCUAAUGAUGUGCCAGAAUGGCUUGUUGAUCAUAAUUAUGCAUAUACACCUACUCUAUUUGAAGAAUUUGAAAAUAUCGAUAUAGAUUCAAUUUUUGACGGACAGGACAACAAUGAGACAGGAGCAGAUUUAAAGCAAGAAUGUGCAAUAAAAACUAAUCCAGCUACAGUUAGUAAGUUUUCCCUGGAUAUGCAAAAAGAUGCAUGUGCAAAAAUAAUGAAAGAUAAUUGCUUCCCAGAAAGUAGUCGCUUAUUAAUUGCAUCUCUUCAAGAUAACAUGCUGUUACAUGAAAAACUGAGAUUCCUGGAGUCCUGCUUAGUGCCAACAAGUAGAUCACUACAAGUUGCGAAAGAAAAGUCAUGGACUAAUUUCAACAAGUUGUAUACUAUAAAUGCUAUUAAUAUUUAUCCAUUUAUCCAGCCACAAGGUUUGGCUUUCAUUUAUUGUCUAAACCUGUUUGAAAUUAUAGUAGAUAACUAUUAUGCUGAGCCCACAACAAUAAAACAGGCUGAAAAAAGUUUGGACAUAAAAUACAAAGAUAAAGACAUUUUAAACUAUAUUGGGGGGUGCAUUCUAUUUAGAAUAAAAAGUCAAGUGGGCAGGGUCAAUGAAAAUGAUAUAAAAAAACAUAGUAAAUUAAGUAUACUAAAUUCCCUUAUUGAAACUAAUUUAGAAGGAAGUGAAAGUUGUUCCCUCACAAGUGUUCUUAACAGAGGCAGCCUUAUUCAUAUUAGAUCUGAGUUAAGUACAUUUUUUUUUAAAAUAGAAUCAAUUUUUCAAACUAUUUUCCCCAAACCUGUUGAAUCAUCUUUCAGUUUUGAGAAGUUUCUAAAAAUGUGUGUAGAUAAUCUAGAGAUUGUAAAAUGCUAUUUUGAUUCAUGCAAACAAUCACUAGCUGAACAUUCAGAAAAAAUGUUUAUUUUAACACUAAUUUUAAAAGUUUUCUUCAAGAUUAGGGUUCACAGAAAGUGCAAAUUAUUUUUAGAUAAUUAUAGAAAUCAAAAACAAAUAUCAUCCAAAGAAAAGGGUUUGAGGAAAAGGCUAAAGCAAGUGAACACAAAUAAACCAGAAUGA